CCCGGGGCGGUGCCGGGGCGCGGAGGGCAGGCCGCCCCAAGAUGGCGGAGUACGUGCAGGUGCUGAGGCGGGCGCUCAAGCACCUCGGCGGCCACGGGGGCGUCCGCGGCGCCUUGUGGCAGCUGCUGAGGGUCAAUGAUUUGAAGACUGGUAUGCUGGUAGGAACUGACAAAUAUGGAAACAAGUACUAUGAAGACAGAAGAAACUUCUUUGGUCGGCACAGAUGGGUCAUCUAUACUAAUGAAAUGAAUGGCAAAAAUACAUUUUGGGAAGUUGAUGGAAGUAUGGUGCCCCCUGAAUGGCAUCGCUGGCUUCACUGUAUGACAGAUGACCCUCCAACUACUCAUCCACCAGUUGCUCGCAAAUUUAUCUGGGAGAACCAUAAAUUCAAUCUGAGCGGCACUCCCGGACAGUACGUACCUUACUCCACUACUCGCAAGAAGAUUCAAGAGUGGAUCCCACCUACAACAGCUAGCAAAUAACAACAACAAAAGACGUAACUUGCAACAGCUUUGGCUUUCAGUGUGAAUUGUAUUUUCACUGGUUUUGUUCAAAAUAAAAGCCUCCUGCAACA